AAACAACACGGCAGUUCAACACCUGAGAGAUUAACUACGAGUCGAAUUGUCGGUAUCAUUCCAAAAUGUUCACUAUCUCUCUAAGACCCGCCGUGUUUCACACGUGCAACAUCCCGGCACACGUUUAGCACCGAGCCGUAUCUCCUCACUUCCUGCCCCGGACACCUCCGCCCGGAGCGGACAGGAGCUCGCUGCUGUGUCUGGAUAAAUCAGGGUCGAGCUUCCCUUCCGGCUCCAGCCGUGCUGUCACAUCGGGAGGAUGAACGACCACAGAUGCGCCUCCUUCCAGAAACCCAGAGGACGGACGCGGAUCAUACAAUGCAUCUAUGUGGUGGGCUUCAUGGACUUGUUUGGCGUGAGCAUGAUCAUACCUCUGCUGAGCCAUCACGUGAAGGCCCUUGGAGCAAGCCCCACUGUGGCUGGUAUUGUAGGAGCUACAUAUGGGAUCUUACAGCUCUUCUCAAGCACAAUAGUUGGGAGCUGGAGCGACGUGGUGGGCCGGCAGUACUCUCUGCUCACCUGCCUGCUGCUGAGCGCUCUGGGCUACGGGCUGCUCGGCAUGUCCACCAGCAUCGCUUUGUUCGUCCUGGCGCGGAUUCCCGUGGGGCUGUUUAAGCACUCCCUGUCCAUCUGCAGAGCUCUGCUGUCCGACCUGGUCUCCGAGUCAGAGCGUCCUCUGGUGAUGGGACACUUCAAUGCAGCCUCCAGUGUUGGCUUCAUUCUGGGUCCCGUGGUGGGCGGCUACCUCACGGAGCACGAGGGCGGCUUCUAUACUUCCUCCUUUACCUGUGCAAUCAUCUUCCUCGCUAAUGCAGGGCUUGUAUGGAUGCUACCAUGGAGCGAGACUCUCAUUCACCUGAAUGGCAAUGACUCCAGGAACAACGCAAGUAAAGGUUGUCAUGACAACAACUGCAGUAAGUCGGUCUGCAACGGCUCUCAUGCAAAUAGUCACGGCCGAGCGUCGGCACCGGAGACGGGCCCGGACGCCGGAGCUCCACAGACACGCCCAGUUGUUCUGGGGGGGAGGAAGGCGUCCCCGCUCCAGCGUGCCUGGAGACAGCUGUCCUCAGUGGGCUCCAAGAUCCACAUGGUGGCCUCCUCUGACAUGUGGGACCUCUUCCUCAUGCGUCUUCUGAUGGCCUUAGCCAUCAUGCUUUACCACAGCAACUUCUCUCUGGCGAUGGAGGAGCGUUUCUCACUCAAACCCAAGGUGACAGGUUAUCUGAUCAGCUACAGCAGCACCUUGGGGGCCCUGGCGGGUUUCCUGGUGGGGCCCGUCACCCAGCUGUAUGGGAACAACAUGCCUGCUCUGCUUCUUCACUCCACAGUUCUCACCUGUUCACUCAUUUUCCUGUACGCCGCGGCGCCCAGUGUGUCGCAGGUGGUUCUCACGUCCACCUUCUUCGCCAUUUCCACCACUAUCGGACGGACGUGCAUCACAGACCUGGAACUGCACAGGGGAGGGGUCCAGGCCAGCGGGACUCUGAUCGGAGCGGGGCAGUCUGUGACAGCCGUUGGCCGAGUCCUCGCCCCUCUCCUCUCUGGCCUGGCCCAGGAGUUCAGCCCUUGUGGCCCCCCCAGCCUGGGGGUGAUCUUAGCUCUUGCAGCUGUAGGUUUAAUGCUCAUUCGGAUCCCCAAAUGGGACAGGAAAGGGAUGACAAAAGAAAGCCGAACUGACUGAAUUUAUUUAAAAUCAUGGCAGAUCCAUCCCACGAGAGAUGUGCUCGUAUUCGCGAGGCGAGUUGUGUGGGGAUAAAUAGCAGAGUCACAGUGGGAAUGUCCUGCCCGGAUGGACCUGCGACCGCAUCACUCUGUAAACGGCUCGUCACCACCAGCACUGCUGCACAUCUCUCAGGAAAAGCAGUUUCAAAACUCAAGUAGUUCAAUUGAAGUGAAGUCAUAGAUGAGAAGUUUAACCUGCUUCCCACUGUGCUAAAGUUUGACCCCAAAGAAACAUUAGGGCCUUGCGCCGGCACAUAGUGCCGCGGACCGCUUUGAAACAAUGCACACUUUAUUUUGAAUGUAAUUCUCUAAGCAAUACCUGGUACAAAGUACUCGGAGUUACCCGUAGCGGUAGAUCACACUGUUGUUUAGAAGUACGCAAGUCAGUUAGUGAUUUGUUGGAAACAUUUUACCUCAAUGCCAGUCGUUUCGAUGAAUGCACUGCUUCCAAAUGGUUCCUACGGUGGUAUGUGGCCAAGUCUCUGUUCCAUAGAUUUGUUCACUCUUAGGAUAUUUUUUUAAAUGGGACAUAUGCUAACAUGCCGGCUCAUACUGGUUUCUACUGGAGCAUAUUUUUCCCUGUGCCUAUGUUCGAAUGUCUUAAUAUACCUGUAGUCCCCCUCUAACCCCCCCCCCAAAAAAACCAAAAGGCUGUUGGAGAUACUCCGAUGGGUGGCAGUGUAUUAAGUGCAUUUGACAUAGGAAGGGGAUCAAAAUCUGAAUGGAUAUUUGUAUUUGGUUUCUGGUGUAAGCAGCCCAGACACAUUGACUGGGUUGUCUUAUUUUACAGUUGGUUUAAUCUGUCCCCUUUAAGUUCAAUUACAACUGUACUGGACCCGCUGUUGUUUAUGAGCCCCCUUGUUAAGAGGGAGAACUCUACACAUUUCUGUAAAGCUGUCAGUGAAUCCAUGAAGUACAAGUACUAAACUUUUUGUACGAGAGUCUUGAGUUGUAAAUUAAACUGAUAUAAGUGCUUCA